AUAUGGGACUACGAGAGUGGCGAAUUUGAGCGUACUCUUAAAGGACACACGGAUGCUGUUCAGGAUGUCGUAUUUGACCCUUCUGGUAAACUUCUUGCCUCUUGCUCCGCCGAUAUGCAGAUCAAAUUGUGGGAUUUUUCUUUAUACCAAUGCAUUAAGACAUUGACUGGGCACGAUCACAAUGUCAGUAGUAUCGCUUUUCUUCCGUCCGGUGAUGCUCUAGUCAGUGCCAGCCGAGACAAAACUAUCAAAUUAUGGGAGGUAUCAACAGGGUGA